GGUAUUCUGGCCGUACUCUACAUUAUCCCAGCAGACAUCAACACCCUGAUCAACUACUUCAGUUUCGCCCAGUGGGCUUUCUACGGCCUCACAGCUCUCGCUCUCAUCGUCAUGCGAUUCACCAGGAAGGAACUCAAGAGGCCCGUCAAGUGUCCCAUUCCCAUAGCAGUGCUGGUGGUGAUAGUGUCCUGCUACCUGGUCCUAGCACCGAUCAUAGACAAGCCAGAGCUGGAGUAUCUGUACUGUACCAUCUUCAUCCUCAGCGGUCUGCUGCUCUACUUCCCCUUCGUUCACCGCAGGUUCAGCUGGACACGCAGGGUCAUGAGGCCAAUCACCAUGCACCUCCAGCUGCUGAUGGAGGUCGUUCCUCCUGAGAAAAACGAAUAGAGGAAGAUAAUAAACAGCCUAAACUGACUGAUGUGGACAAAUGUAUUUUGUGCAUCCCAAAUAUUACCCUUUUCCCUAUGUGGUGCACUACCCCAUAGACCCUAGUAAAAAGUAAUGCACUACUUAGGGAAUAGGGUGCCAAUUGAGACACGAGCUUAGAAACUAAGGUUCUGUACUGUCUCAUAAUGAAUGUUCUGUACUGUCUCAUAAUGAAUGUUCUGUACUGUCUCAUAAUGAACGGUACUGUCCUGUCUCAUAAUGAAGGUUCUGUACUGUCUCAUAAUGAAGGUUCUGUACUGUCUCAUAAUGAAUGUUCUGUACUGUCUCAUAAUGAAGGUUCUGUACUGUGUCAAAAUGAAUGUUCUGUACUGUGUCAUAAUGAAUGUUCUGUCCUGUCUCAUAAUGAAGGUUCUGUCCUGUCUCAUAAUGAAGGUUCUGUACUGUCUCAUAAUGAAGGUUCUGUCCUGUCUCAUAAUGAAGGUUCUGUACUGUCUCAUAAUGAAGGUUCUGUCCUGUCUCAUAAUGAAUGUUCUGUACUGCGUCAUAAUGAAUGUUCUGUCCUGUCUCAUAAUGAAGGUUCUGUCCUGUCUCAUAAUGAAUGUUCUGUACUGCGUCAUAAUGAAUGUUCUGUCCUGUCUCAUAAUGAAUGUUCUAUCCUGUGUCAUAAUGAACUAAUUGACUAGAUAUAGGAGUUUAAUGGCUGCAUCUCAACUCACACCCUAUGGUCCCAUUGGUCUGUGUCUCAAAUCACACCCUAUGCCCUAGGGAACGGGGCGCCAUCUCAAAUCACACCCUAUACCCUAGGGAACGGGGCACCAUCUCAAAUCACACCCUAUACCCUAGGGAACGGGGCGCCAUCUCAAAU